CCGGAGAAGAGUUGCUGUCCGACAUUGCUCAUACCCUCGGAAGUGGGAAUUGAUUGGGCGUGGAAGAGUCGUGUGAUGGGUGGCUGUGCGCACACACACCUUUUCUGCUUGCGCCUUCAUUACUUGCCUGUAUCGAGUGCAAUGGAAGACACCUCUGGACCAUCGGUAUCGGCAGCCAUCCCCGGCACCUUGAGAGGCGCAAAGCAGCUCCGCGCUUGUCUCCUCUGCUCGCUCAUCCAGUCGCCUCUCGAUUUCCGCAGAAACGGGUGUCCCAACUGCGAAGACGUGAUGCAGAUGAAAAACUCUACGGAGCGCGUGCGCGCGUGCACGACGACAUACUACGAUGGGUGCAUCGCCGUGAUCCAACCCGAGGUCAGCUGGGUGGCCAAAUGGCAGAGGACGUCUAAAUACGUGCGGGGGAUUUACGCCAUCCGCGUACGCGGCCGCGUGCCCGAGGACGUCGAACAAGAACUGGAGUCGCGCGGCAUCAAGUACCGACCGAGAGAUCAGAACGACCAGGACUGAUCCCUGGGCGGAGUGGGAGGCGCCGGCGCCAGCACACCAAGGGCCAAUGUAUCAAUCAAUACGUGUAUACUUAUAUCAUUCUAGGCGUCGGUCACUAUGGCGCGCUUCGCGCAGCUAGCUACUUUGGGCACCGGGCCACAGGGCGGAGCUAAGAGCUUACUUGAAGGGCCGGCUAGCUGUAUUUCGCGUAGCCAGCGUGCAUACAGUUUCCGGCUCCCUGCCAUGAGUCUGUAUACAUAAAGUAGGAACCUUUAGGACGAUAGGCGUAAAUGAACAAGCUUUUCUUGCAACACUUGGGGAAGAAAAGCCUGCGUGGCCCGGUCGCAUAACGACGUCGGAUGAAUGUACUGCGAAGGCAGUUUAGAGGAAUAUGAGUGGACGAGCCUAACACGACGUAAGACGACGUGGCCUGUGUAAGAAUGGCGUCACAGUCCCGGGCAUGGCUGGGACGUGGACUGGGAUCCUGGCCCGAAAGUCCGGUUGCGUGCGAGAAACAAUAUGAUCAUUGCCAUUUGUAGAGACAGAGAGAACGACAGGACAGGAUAGGACACAGGGGGGUAGCGAGGAGGAUGCCGACAUUCAAGGAGGUGGUCUGGAGAAGAAGGGUGGAAGGAAACACGUGAUCGGCCACUCCGCUCUUGGUGAACGACCACUCUUUGUUCAUCUGCUCUUGCUGCAUACGUCCUCCUCGUUCCCUGCGUAAAAUUCCCCGGAUCUACGACCGAUAGUUGUUUGCAGUCCGUGUCAGCUGCGGGGAGAUUCGACGACGUACAGGAUUUUGUAUAUCCCAAGCUGUGCGCGGGCCCCUACUCCUGCAUCCCCCUCCCAGGACUUGGUUUUUGAGACAACAUCACCGUUCAUAAUCGGUUGUGACACUUGAGGGAUAGUAUGCAAUGUACUACCCACAACAAUCCCCCGGAAUGGCCCAGAAGCUACCAGCACUACAUGACCAGAACAACCCUUGGAAUCGACAACACCUCGGUGUUGGCGUCCCCCCACAGGCGCAGCCCCCUACGUCUCCCGGCUACAUCUUUACGAACGGCGCGCUGAUGCAACACCCGCAUAUGCAGCCCAUGCCGCACCAUCACCACCAGAACUCCCUCAGCCAUUACCCGUCCCCACCCACGCACCACCAACAAUCGCCGGCCGCCCAGCCUAUGAACACCCACUGGCAGCACCAGCUGAUCAAAUACGAGACGAUCCGGACGUCGAGAUCACCGCAUCAUCGGGCUCGUGCGAGUGCCAUGGCGUCGAGGGGUGUUGGCAAGGCGGCGGUGACGAUUACGAACCCCAACAAGCCGGUCGAGGAAGAGGCGCCCCCGUCUCCGUCCUUGGCAUCAGCGCUGGCUGUCGGACACCCACCCUCCACCGUUCCCCCGACGACGGACCCCGCGAUGCGGCCCCAAGCCGCCCCGCGGCCGCCUGAGAACACAUGGUCACAGCUGGACAUGGGCGGUGUGAACAUCAAGUCGAUACCGAGGAAUUCCGCGCUCUUCACGUUUACGUUCCUCACAUGCCUCUACCUCAACCACAAUGCGCUCACGAGCGUGCCCCCGGAAGUCGCGCAGUUGCAGCACCUCGACCUGCUCGAUCUGUCGGGCAACAACCUGUCGAGUGUGCCGCCGGAGAUUGGGAUGAUCACGAGCCUGAAAGAGCUGUAUCUGUUUGACAACCACCUCACGACGAUCCCGUAUGAGUAUGGGACGCUUCACCGGUUAAAGACACUCGGUGUGGAGGGAAAUCCACUCGAUGGGACGAUGAAGUCGAUCAUCCAGAAGGACGGAACUCAGGCGCUCAUUAACUGGCUCCGCGACAGUGGCCCCGGUUUCCCUGCGCCAGCUCCGCGGCCUACGAUUCAGUUGUCAGCCGAAGAACCCGGGGCAGAGACGCUGAGGGUGUAUUCGCACAAUAUCUUGUGUGAGCGCGCGGCGACGACCAAGGUGUUCGGGUACACACCGACAUGGGCGCUGGCCUGGGAAUACCGCAAGACGCACAUAUUGGAGUCGAUCACUGCCAACGAACCGGAUAUCGUCUGCUUGCAAGAGGUGGAUAUGCGCCAGUUCGAGGAGUAUUUCACUCAGCGGCUGGGCGACUUGGGUUACGAGGGAGUGCAUGGUGUCAAGUCGCGUUAUAAGACGAUGACUGAUUCCGAUCGCCGCAACGUUGAUGGGUCCGCCACGUUUUUCAAAAAGAACCGCUUUCAACUGGUGGAGCAGCAUCUCAUUGAAUUCAACUCCAUUGCGAUGCAACGUCAAGACUUCAAGAAGACGGACGAUAUGUUCAAUCGAGUGCUCACAAGAGACCACAUAGCGAUCGUCUGUCUGCUGGAGGACCUUUCAACGGGCAGCCGCAUCAUCGUGUCCAACACCCAUUUGACCUGGGACGCGGCCUUUUGCGAUGUAAAACUCGUCCAGACCGCGCUGAUGAUGGAGGAACUGGAGAAGAUCGCGCAUGCGUUUGCCAAAUAUCCACCGCGACCGCCGGACACCCCCGGUGUCAAUGGCCAAAUGGAGCGACCGCCAGCCCCGGUGUACUCUGAUGGGACGAAGAUUCCGCUUUUAGUCUGUGGCGACUACAACAGUAUGCCUUCCUCUGGCGUCUAUGACUUCCUGGCGAAUGGCACUCUGGCCCCGGAUCACCCUGAUUUCCUUUCGCAUACGUAUGGUACGUACACUUCGGAGGGGCUUCGGCACAAGCUCGGUCUCAAGAGCGCAUACACGCGAGCGGGCGCGGGUGGCUUGCCGGAGGAGAUCAUGGACAUGACCAACUUUACACCUGGAUUCAAAGGGGUCAUUGACUACAUCUGGUACUCGCCAGCGACCAUCGCCCUGAAUUCUGUGCGUGGCGAGAUUGACAGGUCGUACACGGAUAAGGUUGUGGGCUUCCCAGACCCAAACUUCCCGUCAGACCAUAUCUUCCUCGAAGCCAAUCUCAGCAUCAAGCCUCCAAGGGAGAACGGCUCAUCGCGCCCACCACCUGCUUUUUCAUAGUAAUCUUAUCCUGUGCUUUUCUUUAUUUCCUUCCAGUUAUGGGAUUCAUGUUCCGUACUUGCCGCCACACCCUACUUACUCUCCCUGUUCGCUGUAUCAUUCUACUUUGAUUGACAUAUUUUCUCCCUUGCCUCUCUUUUUGCAUGCUUUCGUCGUCGUUUAUUGUCAUCGCUAGUCUUACUUGUAGCAUUGUACAGAACCACAACGUUUGUAGUACAUGGCCCCCGAAAUACUAUUUCCAUCCUCUCCAAUCGCCCGACUUGCAGUCUGAAAUCUUGAUCAUCAGUGAUUGACACUUGCUUUCUCGCUGCCACUCGCAUCUAGUCCUAUGGCGGCAACAUCUGUACCUCUGCGAUACACGGUGACAAGCAGCCCACACAGCGGACCCUACCGCCCAGAAUACAUCACCGUCGACAAUCCACCUGACCAAUCGAGCCGGUGGAGCGGUGGUCCCAUCCCAGAAACUGGCUCACCCCCGUGGUUGCUCAUCCGCCUAGAUUCGCUCGCCGUAGUCCAGACUAUCACCUUUGGCAAAUAUUCCAAUGUUCAUCCAUGUAACAUGAAAGACUUCAAGGUGUUCGCUGGGCCCGCCGAGGAUGCAUUAUCUGAAGUGCUGCACGCGCAACUCAAGAACGACACGCAGGCCGAAACGCUCUCAGUCAAGCAUACCAACGCGCAGGGGAUCACCAUCCCCUUCCGCUUCGUGAAGAUUAUGCCUCUCAGCUCGCACGGAAGCAGCUUCCACAUAUCGGUAUGGCACGUCGCGCUGCACGGAAUCAAAGACGAAGUGUAUGUCGAGGAGAAGAGACUCAAGUUUGAGCAGCACAGGGAGACGAUGGCAAUGCGCCAUGUCCUCAAGUAUCUCCGCCAGCACCGUUUCUUCACCCAAUACGACGCCAUCCUGGCCCGCUGCGGGCUGCAAGCCGAAGACCCGCUCGUCACCGAGCUGCACAAGAGCAUCGUGCUGCAGGGAAACUGGGCCGCCGCCGAGGAAGUCAUCGAGCGUUUAUCCCAUACUGAGCUGUUCGACAAGUACCGCAACGCGCGGCCGUGCCGGCCAGUCUGGCGGCGUUUACUGGGCCAGAACGCGGACGGGGACGUGCCAUCGCCACGGGGCGGCCACGCGAUGUGCAUCGACUCGAACGGUGGCGUAGUCUAUCUACUCGGGGGCUGGAACGGGGUCAAAAGUUUGGACGACUUCUGGGCAUACAACAUAAAGGAAGACAAAUGGCGCGUGCUGAGCUACCAAACUUCGGCGGAACGGGACGCACCGUCGGCAAGGUCGUGCCACAAAAUGGUCUUCGACAGCAAAACUGGGCAUAUCUAUGUGCUUGGAAGACUGGACGAUGCGGAUGCGGGAAAGCUGGAGUUCAACAACUAUGAGUCAAACUUGAUGUCGGCCGACAUGGCCUUCUCCAAAGUCGGGUGUGAAUUCUAUCGGUAUCACACUCGUGGAAGCAUGGCUGGCCGCUGGGAGUCUUUGUCGAGGGAACCUCAGAGCGCUCAAAGUCCUCCGCUCGUGUACGAUCACCAAAUGGUGAUAGACUGUGAAUCGCAGAUAAUCUACGCAUACGGCGGCCGCGUGCUUGAUGGUGAAUGGACGAAUCCCAAGUUCGCUGGCCUGUACAGCUACAACAUCCGCCAGUCGAAGUGGUCUCAUCUACAAGCGAGUCCCAAGCCUUCUGCGCCGUUCAGUGGAGGAAUCAUCCCUUCCAGGAUUGGACAUUCGAUGGUCUUGGACGAUCGCACACGAAAGCUCUAUAUCUUCGGCGGCCGGACAACCGAAAGCGCACGAUACGACAUGUACUCUUACGAUAUUGCCACCCAGACCACCAGACAGCUGUCCGCCGAUGUCCAGCGGGAGCACAAGUUCAAUGCAACGUUUGCUUCGCGUGCGGUAAUCGACCCGCAACUGCAGGAGAUCUAUGUCUUCUCGGGGUGGGCCCCCGACGAGCCAGUGCGGAUGCCGGCAUUGGGCACCAGGAUCUACCGAUACCGCUCUGGAAUCUGGGAUGUAAUGCUCCCGGCAUCCGGCCAGGAGGAACCGGUGGCUCGCUUUGCGAAUCAGCUCGUCUACUGCACUCGAUCACGAACGUUCUUCAUGCAUGGCGGAAAUGCUGGGGUUCCUGAUACCGAUGAAAUGGACGAUGGGAAGAGUCGCAGGCUGGAUGACUUUUGGCAGAUGACAUUGCUGCGAGCGCCGCGAGAGGAGAUUGUUCGUCUUGCGACACUGAAGAUCCGCCAGCAACAAUUCCGGGAAAUGUGCCAAGACUCGUCACAGAUCAAGGCUCUCAAUUUUCUACGCAGCUCGAUUCUGCCUCUCGUGAAUCAGGACGACCCUGCCGAAGCAGAGUUAUAUCGGGGGCUGAUGGCCUUCAUGUUCACACCCUCUUCGCCAGCGAGAUCCUCUCACCCGAAUCCGACCUCCGGUGCCGAACACGAGGACUCGCCACCAAAGAAGCGAUCCAGACCGAACACCCCGGAGGAUACGGAGAUGACCAGUGUCGAUUCACCCAUCGCGAGGAUUCCAUUCGAAGCGCAAGCCAUCAAACAAACAGAAGACCCGGGCGAGACCAAAGGCGUCUCGACCGUGUCGAAGUCGAGAUUCGAGCAGCGCAACGGCUUGUUCGAGGCGUUGCUAGAGUUCAUCGGCGACGACGCCAAGCAACCUUCGGCCAGUCUGGUCUCCGUGCUGGAUAAAGACUUGGCCGUGUAUUCUUAAUCAUCGGGUACUUUGCGCGGAUGUUGUACUUUUUUAUUCGUCGAGAUUGAUAGCGCGACCGAACUUGGCAUACAGCGUCACCUUCAGACCCUUCAUCUCCUUUUCACAACUCUCUACUGAGUUGGUCAGUGUCGAGACCUGCGAGUCGAUAUCGGCUUGAUCUUUCCCGACGCGUUUGAGAGCGCGUCCGUGCGGCAUGUGCAAGAACGUCUCGCCGACUUUGUAACUGAGACGUAGUUGGCAGAUGAGGUGGUUAGAUGAUCUAGCAAACUCACAGGACGGGCUCGUCCUCGUCAGCCAGCUCGAGCUCUAUUGUCAGAUCAUCGAGUGCUUCUUUUUCUUGCUGUUCCGCGCGUCACGAUCCCACAUCUAUGCGCACGCAAACGGACGCGGCGCACCUUGAGAUCCAGCAGCUUCGCCUGCAUAUUCCUCAGGCGCGUGUUGAGCUUGGAAAACGAGUUGAUGCGUUGCUGGUCCUCUGUCGGAAAGUCCGCCGUGAGCCGCGAUGCGAAGGAUGAUGAUGAGGCGCGCAAAAGCGAGUCAGCGCGCACCCCAAGUGACCUCGGCCGCAUCGUCCUCGUCGUCCUGCUCCAGCUGCACGGGGGGUGGGUGGAUUCAGUGCACGGAUCUGCGCCAGGCACGCGAAGGCGGUACCAUGCGUAGACUGUUCAUGAUAUCGGAGGAUGUAAGUGUGGAAGGGAUGGAUACACGGGCUCCCCCAUCACGCCAUCAGCGAUGUCCGGCACACGCUCCGAAUCAGGCCGGUUGCGGAUUUCGCAGGUUGUGGAAACACGGAUAGGCGGAACUUGGGACGCUACUUAUAUUUUUCGUUCUCUGACGCUCGCUGGCCGGUCGAACACGUACACGAUGAUGGAGCUCAGUAGCAGAAUUCAAGCGAGCAAAGCCUACGACGUCGCCAGGACCGCCUUGUUCGUCUACGUCGCUUUGCGGUAUUUGCUUAAAACACAGCGGCAUAUCCGAGCGCGGGGGCUCGUUGGCAGCGCGAAGGAGCUGUAUACUGCGAUUGCACGGUAUGCUAUCUUGCUAGCACUGCGGCUGCCCGCUGCGCAGAGGAAGGUCAAGACGGAGAUGGACAAGGCGAAGUUGGACAUCGAGAUGCAGCUGGUGCCACAAGGGCCGGACGUCGUUCGGCACCUUGCGCUUCCCAAGGAGGGAAAGACGCUGGAAUGGAUCCUUGCGGAGAUGGAUAAGAUGGACAACGAGAAAGCGCACACCAGCUGGAGAGUCGGCAAACUUUCUGGAGCCGUUUACCACGGCGGUGACGACUUGGAGAAAGUUAUCGUGGCUGCAUAUGCGAGAUACUGCGUUUCGAACCCACUUCAUCCCGAUGUGUUCCCGGCAGUGAGGAAGAUGGAAGCCGAGAUUGUUGCGAUGACGCUGAAGCUAUUCAACAACCCGGAAGGCGCCGGCACGAUGACAUCCGGGGGAACCGAGUCCAUUAUCAUGUCGGUGAAGACGCAUCGGGAUUGGGCGCGCGCGGUGAAGGGAAUUACGGAGCCCGAAAUUGUGCUCCCCACAUCUGUGCAUGCUGCGUUCAACAAGGGAUCCGAAUACCUGGGCGUGAAAGUGCACAUGAUUCCCGUCGACCCCAUCACGCGCAGGGUCGACCUGAAAGCCGUCAAACGCGCCAUCAACUCGAACACCAUCAUGGUGGCUGGUUCGAGCAUCAACUUCCCCGACGGGAACCAAGACGACAUCGAGGGCCUGAGCAAGCUUGCGCUGAAGUACAACAUCGGUUUGCACGUGGACUGCUGCCUGGGCAGCUUCAUCGUUCCGUAUUUGGAGAAGGCUGGCUUGGCUGAGGGCACGGACGGGAAAUACAAGCUCCUGCCUUUCGAUUUCAGAGUGCCGGGCGUGACUGCCAUCAGCUGCGACACGCACAAGUACGGAUUCGCGCCCAAGGGCACCUCGGUGAUCAUGUACAGGAACUCCGAGCUGCGAAAACAUCAGUACUACGUCAACCCUGAUUGGUCUGGUGGUGUCUAUGCCAGCCCGAGCAUCUCAGGCUCCCGACCUGGAGCGCUGAUUGCGGGAACCUGGGCUGCGAUGCAGUACAUGGGAUCAGAUGGCUAUCUCGAGUCCUGUCGCUCGAUUGUUACCUGCGCGCGGGCCAUCGCUGACUCCAUCACGACUUCCAUUCCCGAGCUGUACAUUCUGGGGUCCCCGCCUGCUUCGGUGGUCGCGUUUGGGUCCAAGCACCCCAAGGUGAAUGUGCUCGAAGUAGGUGACAAGAUGUCGAAACGGGGCUGGCACCUCAAUGGGCUGACCGGCCCGGCUGCUGUCCACAUCGCAUGCACGCGGCUGACAGUUGAUAACCUGGAAGUGUUCAUUGCGGACUUGAAAGAUUCGGUAAGCGAGGCCAAACUAGAACCUGACGGCAAGGGCUCGAUGGUCGCAGUCUAUGGUCUGGGAAACUCAAGCGCGGUUGGGCCCGAGAUGGUCGGUCAAUUAGCGACCGCGUUUUUGGACACCUUGUAUAAAGCGUGAUUUACAUACUGGAUGAAGGAUAUACCGCGGAUUUUCGGGGUGGUACCUCGCUAGAUAGCACCACUAAUCUAGGCUGAUUCAUAAUGACACCUGCGUGGAUGAAAUGCACGAGGCGACGACGGGAAUGGAGACCAGACGAGAUCGCUCUGGCUACCGGUGCAGAGCAUCUGUGAUUAUCCGCGCGUCGUGGAUGAUGAAACCGAUCAGACACUUUUUAUAUCGCCGUGGUCGGAAGACGUCGGAAGCAAUGUCAACCGGAAGAUAACAUCGCGCGCACAAAAAUCACCCUCAUUCUCGAGUCACCCGCGUCAUCCUUCAGCUCCAGCACCCAUCAUCUCUUCGUCUGUAGAAGUCGUAGUCCUUCCAAGGCUGUCCUCCCAAGGGCCUCCCCAUUUGCGUCUUGCCCGAUCAGGACCGCUGAGUCGACCGACACCCCUAUAACAAGUACGGCUCGAGUGGUCGCUCAGGCCACACCACCCUCGAUUAUGACAUUUUCAUUGACCCGACCGUCGUCGCCUGUGAACAAUGGCUCCCCACAUACGGAGGAGGACCUGGCGCCUCUCCCUCGCAUGGACCCCGGGCCGAUGUCGCUGCCCGAGAGCAAGGAGCGCCCGGGCCUCGAAAUCCACCUCGACCACGAAUUCCUCGUCCUCAAAGGCACCGGCAACGAUGUCGAGUCCGCGCGCCUCACAGGACAUGUCGCCCUGUACCUGGCGGAGAGCACGCCGAUCAAAGAAAUCACGCUGCACUUCCGAGGCAAGGCACGGCUCCCAGCCUCGCCACACGAGUCAAUCACGCUGAACAACUCGGCCUCGACGUACAUCGUAUGCAACCACGACUGGUCGUUCCUGGAGGGCGAGAAGAAGCACAGCCAUACGCUCAAGGCGGGGCGCCACUUCUUCCCGUUCCAGCUGCAGGUGGGCGGGUCGCUGCCGUCGAGCGUGUACACGACUGCGUUCGGGGGCGCGUCGGUCACGUACAAGCUGCGCGCGCAUGCGGUGCGCUCGGGGCUCAACUCGAAUCUGCAGGCGGUCGCGCCCGUGUACAUCCUGCGCUCGUUCUCCGCCGAGGCGCUCGAGUACCAGCAGACGCUGGAGAUCGAGAACACCUGGCCGGAGAAGCUCAUGUACUCGAUCAUGAUCCCGCACAAGGCGUGGGCCGCGUCGGACACCAUCACUGCGCUCGUCAAGUUCAGUCCGCUCGUCAAGGGCGUCGGCGUCGUGACGGUCAACACGACGAUCAACGAGACGACGAAGCUGCACGCGGGCCGGGUGUCGCAGGAGUACACGCGCGUAGUGGCGUCGAGCAGGCACGAGAUUGUGGGGGGCAAGGCCGUGGAGGCGUCUGACCGACCGCGGCCCGCGACGCCGGGAACUGCGAUGGUGGUCAACACCCCUGGGCCAGCAUCGGGUGGCGGGUAUUUCUCGCUUCCCGUCAAUGCUGAAGCCGGGCCAUCUCGCCUAGCCGGCGAUAACAACAACGUGGGCCGCUCCGAUACCAACAGCGACCUUGAAUUGCAGGGCUCGGACGAUGUCGUCACGUAUCUCUCGAUUGUCGUUCCCACCAACAUCACACCCACGCACACGCUAGACCCCAUCACUGUCUCGCAUCGCCUGCGGUGGAGCAUUCUUAUCGUCAAUCCGGAUGGACACACAUCCGAGCUCCGGUGUUCUCUGCCAAUCCAUCUGCUGGACCAACGGCUCCUGAACGAAGCCCGCGCGCACACCGCCGCGACCCGCCGGCUGCUCAUCGGGGGUUCCGAGGUCCCGCCUGCCGCAGUCGAGGAGGAGGUCGAGCUGCCGAGCUACACAUCGCACGUGCGCGACCGGGUGGCGAACAUGUACCUGCCGGAAGCUGCGACGAUGCGCGUGACGAAUCCGCUGAGCUCGUCGUCGUCGGGGAUGCACACCCCAGCCAUCCUGAGCCGCUCUGGGCACGCGUCCCCGCUCGACGCGAACUACCUCUCGCAUCUCCCCCAUGCGCCUGGCUCGGGCGACAGCACACCCCUGGACUGGCUCAACUCGGAAUUGCUGCUGACGAUGGAGUCCAACGGCCGGCCGUCGGACACGCCUGCGUCGGGGACGACCUCCGACUCUGAUCCGCCAAGCCGCAAUAACAGCCACCCGCCGAGCCGCAACAACAGCCAUCCACCGAGUUCGCGACCGAGCCGGCGGGGGAGCCGGGCAUCGAGCCCGGAGCGCGAGCGCGAGACGUCGUCGCCCGGGGACGGGACGAUCAUCCACAGCAGCCACGCGAGCCGGAACCUGCAGGGCCUGUUCGCGGCGUCGAUGAAGCCGUUCACGGCGCUCGCGCAUCCGCACUGGCCGCGCUCGUCGUCCCACACGUCGCUGUCGAGCCUCGCGGCGGUGUCGUCCGCGGCGUCGCUCCACGCGCAGGCCGCGGGCAGCAGCGGCAGCGGCAGUAGUAGCAUCGAGCAGCGCAGGGCGCGCACGCUGACGAUGACGGAGACGAACCCGACGAUGCUCCAGCGCGCGUACACCGAGGUGCCCGGCUACAGCUUUGCGUCGCGCGGGUUCAUCGGCGGCGUGCCCCCGCUGUCGAGCAUGCAGGGGCUGCCGUCGUACGAGGAGACGGAACGGACGCACAGUUUGCCCAGCACGCCGGCUCUCCGCUGACCGAUAUUUAAUGAUAUAGAACCUAGACAGCAUCCAUAGACUUUCUCCCAGGGCUUCCUUGUAUGUAACAUAUUAUGUACCCACUGCAUCGAAUGAAUCACCCACUCUUCAUAGUGUAAUCAUCGGCCUGGCCAAGAAAUGAGGCCCGAGUUA